AUGAAAAAAGCUUGGACUGGGGAUCCUCUAGUGCCUGUUUCUUCGAAGGAAACAACACCUCCUCCGGCUCCCCUUGACCAGAUGUCUCCCCCAGCCCCUACCAAUCAGACCUCUCCUCCAACACCUACUGACCAGACACCUCCUGCAGCACCUGCUGACCAAGCACCUCCUGCAGCACCUGCCGACCAAGCACCUCCUGAUCAAACAGGAGAUGCCUUGACGAGCAUCAUGCUCAGCUCAGCCAAGGAGAGGAUGACCAAAAUAUUGAGGCAUCGAUGCAGCCGAGAGGCCAUCAUUGGUAACGACUCCGUGGAGGUUGACCAGAUAAUUAACUGUGCACUGAAUGAAAUAGCCAGUGGAAUGCUAACAAUGACCGCCAGCUGGCGUCGCUCAGGAGCCUUGACUGCUCAAUAUGAGAAGAAACUUGGCGAGCAGCUUAAGGCAUCCGAGGACAGACACGCUGAGGAACUUAAGAUGGCUGAGGCAAAAUACAUCGAGCAGCUCGAGGCAGCCGAGAAGCAAAAUCCUGAACUGCUCGAACAGAAGGCUAAGAUGGACGAAGAGCUGAAACAACACUAG